UAUGGCGAUAAAAAAUUCUGUUUCAAAAAAAAUGUAAUACUUUAUGAAUUUUAUUAACUAGGUACUACGCAGCACAUCAAAACCCUGUAUGAAAAAGCCAUCUUUGGCUGUAGAAUAGAUUCAGAAGGGCCUUGCGCGCAGUGGGUCCAAUCUUAGAGAAUAGAUCAUAGGUCCAAACGAAUAAUGGUUCAUCAUAUAAAGUACAUGUGCUGCCAGCUACCACAUGUGCUGCAUGGUGCAUUGUGCCUCCUUUUGUGUUGCCACUGUGUAUAUAGCCUAUCUAUACUUGCUUGACUGAUGGCUGACUUAAGCUGAGUUUCUUUACGCGGAUAUCAGAUUUUCCGUGACCUUUAAACCUUUGCAUGUAUUUGAGUAUUUUAUCGUGAUUAAGGUGAUCCUAGUGUUUCGUGUUGGUUUGGUGGAUACAGUUUGAUUAUAGAAAACUGCUAGAUAUUGGGUUGACUUCCUCUAUUUAACUUAUUAGGCGGUGUAUUUUCGCUGCUUUGAAAUGGAGAUCGAAAUCUUAAACGUCGCCGGUUCCAAACCUGUCUGUAAAAUUCAAGUUAAUGAUGGUGCCACAAUCAAGAAUGUGAAGGACAAGAUUUUUAAUGCCAAAAAAGCUUUAUCCCCUAAUAGGCAAGCUAUAAAGUUAGAGGCCAAAGGAAAAAUAUUGAAGGAUGAGGAUACUCUAAAAUCUUUGAACAUUCAAAAUGGUGCCAAAUUGUAUGUCAAAGAUCUAGGCCCUCAAAUUUCCUGGUCUGCUGUGUUUUUAGCGGAGUAUGCUGGACCUCUAUUUGUAUAUUUAUGGGUGUAUCAGAGACCAUGGAUUCUAUAUGGAGAAGUGACUACAUCUCCUGGACAUGUUGCAAACUUGGCAGCAUUAUGCUGGUCUGUUCACUACAUCAAGCGUAUUUUGGAAACACUGUUUGUCCACCGUUUUUCACACAGCACUAUGCCUUUACGCAAUCUUGCAAAGAACUGUGGAUAUUACUGGCUAUUCGCAUUAUAUGUGGCCUUCCAUAUAAAUCAUCCACUGUACACAGCCCCAAGUAGCCUUUACUUCUAUGUGGGGCUUUCUGGUUUCAUUGUGUGUGAGUUAGGAAACCUGAGCAUCCACCUUCUCCUUAAGAAUCUGCGUCCACCUGGUACCAAGAUCCGCCGCAUCCCUGUGCCAGACAGCAAUCCUUUGUCUCUACUCUUCAACUUUGUCUCUUGCCCUAACUACACCUAUGAAGUUGGAUCUUGGAUAUUUUUCACAAUAAUGACAAAAUGUUUACCAGCUGGAUUAUUCGCUUUUGCUGGAUUCUAUCAGAUGGCUGUUUGGGCGCUCGGGAAACAUCGCAACUACAAAAAGGAAUUCCCAGACUAUCCUAAGGGCCGUAAAGCUAUCAUACCUUUCGUUCUUUAAACAUAGUCUAUAAUUUAUUUCGAAUUCUUCUUAAGAAUGUAUGUACUUUGCGUUUCAUCAACUCUGACAACGGAUUGACUUGAAUUAUGGCCUCUCCUAGAGAUAUCUUACCGGCCGGAUAUACUGUAUGUUACAAUACAGUUAUACGCAAUUCCAGUCUACCUAGUAGUUGUCCAAAACGUACUAUGUAUAGUGCAUAUCUCAUUCGUGAUCGCUCGUAGUAUGUAUAUUAAGAGCUGACUUAACUCUCUGUAAUAGGUGGUUUUAAAGAAGCUGAAUGGGUAACAAAUUCGUAUGUUAUAUAAGAUUGCGCAAUGGGUGGAUAGGUUAAUGGGAUAGUCAUUAAAAUAGGUGUUGGUUUAUGUUUAUUUGCAUGCUGGUAUGAAUGAAAUUUAUAUUGGCUUAUUUCUCGUUCUCGUAAUAUUUACUUAAUCUAAGAAGUUUAUUUAAAUUAUUUGAAAAAUAUUGUUUAGGCACUGCUGUAAACAGUGAAAUUUUACACUUGCCCCAUAACCGGCGUAUAUGUUAUGUUAACCAUUCACUGAAAGCAUUUAAUAAAUUACGUUAUUUUUUUACUGAA